AUAAACGUCAGGUGUGCUCCGUACGUGCGCACCUGAGCUCAUUUAACCCCGCUCCGCCCCGCGCACGCCCAGCGGCUCAAGCUCCUGUUUUAGCUCCUAUUUAGAGAAAACCAAGAGUUUCGGGCGCGGACAUGUCGGCCUGAUCUAUCUUUGUUUUAGUAGGUUUUGUUUUGUAGGGCUUUCCUACUUGACCAGUUUUAGCUGAUUUUAAUCGCGUUAGUUUGCACGGGGACAUGAAGGAGGAGAUCGCCGCCGCCGUGUUCUUCGUGGCGCGGCUCGUUAAAAGAUACGGAGCUCUGGGCAAUGACGACAGAGACCGGUUUGCAGCGGCGCUCACGUCGGUGCUGUUUGAGAGCUACAAAAACCACUGGCACCCGAACGCACCAUCUAAAGGACAGGCCUACAGGUGUCUGCGUGUGAACCGUGCCCGCCUCAGGGAUCCCAUCCUGCAGCAGGCCUGUGAGCGCAGCCUGGUGCAGUACCACGACCUGGGGCUGCCUCUGGAGUUCACGGUGUGGGUUGACCCUGGGGAGGUGUCCUGCAGAUACGGUGAGCGCAGUGCCCCCUUCUGUGUGUCAGUGGUGAACAGCGGUCGCCGUGGAGAUGGGGAGUUCUCACGCCGCAUCCAUGACGCUGUGGAGCGAGCGAGUCUCGAGAUCCAAUCAGGAAGUUCUUCAGAUGAAGAGGAAGGGGUGGAGCUAAGUCUGAGCAUGAGCAGUAACAGCAGCAACCAAUCAAGUGUUUGCCCCGCUCCCACGCCACCCAGCAACCCCGAACCCAAGACCAUCCCCACUGUCAGCAACCCCAACAGCGUGUACAGGUUCAGUGAGUUUGCUCCUGGAGCCCCACAGACCUGGCUCACAUACCCAAAGAGGAAGCCCUUUUCUGGGGAAGCCUUCCCACCGCUGCCCCCUCCAUCUUCAGGUCCGGCUCCACAGUUCUCAAAUCAGAAGAGCUUCAAGUCGUACAGAGCCACGUUCACCUUCAGCGGGCCCAGAGUGGAUAAGUACCAUUGGGUCAGCAAGUCCCGGUCCUAACGCCCAACUCAUGCACUUUGAAACUUAUGUUUUUUUCUUUUUGUAACAGUUUUUUGUGUCUUUAAAAAGUAACACUGAAUAAUUAUUGAAUGAUUUAAUUAAGUGCUGUUUAUGCAUGUUUUUAAAUGUCAAAUAUUGUUUUAAAAGCUCUCGAUGUAAAUGUUUUAAACUGAAAUUGUAGGAAAUGUGAAUAAAGUAAAGUUGAGCUGUUAAUGAAAAGAAAUAAAAGCGUCCUUUCAGUUCAAA